AAGAUAAUGUUGUGAAAUUAUGGUGCAUGUUAUGCAAAUUUAGGACUUGAAAUUGUUUGUUCCCAUGUGAAUACAACUUAUGCGUUGGUAUAGGUUGCAAUGCCAAAUUCUGAACUUCUGCGGAAGGACAUUUGCAUAUUUCUGGUUUAAGGCGUUGCAGGUCCAGGAUUUAAUAGAUUUUAUCUUCAAGAAUGGCACUAGGUGGAGCAGCUCCCCAGAGAGGAAGUGCGGCAGCUACUGCCAGCAUGCGCAGGAGAAGGACAACAAGUUCUGGCACAUCUGGAGGGGCAGCUGGAACAAUGCUGCAGUUUUACACGGAUGAUGCUCCUGGGCUCAAGAUAUCCCCCAACGUUGUUCUCGUCAUGAGCAUUGGUUUCAUAGCGUUUGUUGCCAUUCUCCAUGUUAUGGGUAAGCUGUACUUUGUACGAAGAGAAGCCUAGUGAGUUUUAGCCCUGAUAAAGUGGGAGUUGUAUUUGAAGGUCAAUGUGAGAGAAGUUUAAUUUUGAUCUGAACUAUUGUCUGUCAUUACAGUAAAACUAAUUUCGGGUUUAUUACUAGUUAGAAUGAAAGAGUUAGAGUUCUGUUCCGGCCUAAAUUAGUUUCUUGGUACUAUGUUGCGAAUUACAUGUGGCCAAUAAUCUGCAGCUUUCAGUAUUA